AAUGUGUCUGCACGAGCGCACUUCAUCCACGCGCAAGGGCGCGCACUCAAUACACUGAGCCAAGUCGAGCGAGGCUUCAUCGCCAAGUACAAAAGUCACUUUGAACUGUUCACCACCUUGAAGACAUCAAGGAUUCGACGGACGGAACAUGGCUGAGAAUAUCCAGAGUAAAUUGGAGAAGUACCGCACAGCACCAUUCGAUGCACGAUUCCCCAACUCAAACCAGACCAAAAACUGCUGGCAGAAUUAUUUAGACUACCAUCGCUGCCAGAAAGCUUUGGAGGCCAAAGGUGUGGAUGUGGCCCCAUGUGAUUGGUACAAGAGAGUCUACAAAUCUCUUUGCCCACUUUCCUGGAUUGAGAGAUGGGAUGGCCAGAGAGAUGAUGGAACCUUCGCUGGAAAGAUCUGAGCAUCCCCUGGGUGGUUGUCGGCAACAGAAGAGUGAUGUGCGGACUGGUCCUUGCAGCCGGACUGGGCCCUUCAUAUCUCCCAUAAUGCGCCUGUGUGGUAUAGUGGGACUAAGUCAUUCCUUGUGUAAUGAAUGUUUUGCAGCAGUAUCUGCAUUAAAAGCCUCAGGCAUUGAAUUCUGA